AUGUACCAAAUUGAGGCUGAAGGUCAACAAUGCAAACCUUCAGAGAGAUCAGUCCCUGGUAACGCUCUCAAGGGUCACACGUUCAAAGAGUUUGUAGUGAAGGCCAUUGUUGAGUGCCAAAACAGCUGUGAAAACGACCCCAGGUGUGCAAGUUACAAUUAUUACAUUCCGAACAAAAUUUGUGAGCUCAACAGCCAGACCAAGGAAGCAAGACCUGACGAUUUUGUGACGGAUGAUCUGAGGUUCUACAUGAAACGUGAGGGUACGAUAUCUAUAUUUCUUUGUUUAAGUUCCUUGAAACUUUUCUAUCAGACAAUUCCCCUUUCUUUCUAUCUCCUUAUCGAAACAGUGAAGUGGAGCUGGUACAUAUGGUUGCAAAACUAGUGGGCUUGAGGGGGGAAUCCUUAUAAUGGCCUAGAAGGGGACCCGAAAGGAGUACUCUUUUCAGGCUUUAAGUGUAUGAAAGAUAGGGAUUUCACUCGUUGGAGUAUAUAAAAGGGUGAGGGAAUUUGUCAUUUUGGUCUGUAAAAUAGGCCCAAUGGCUAAAAGAUACAUUUUAUGAUUGUGAAAAAGUCGAGAAAACGUUCUGGUCUUGUGAUUUAUUUGUAUUUUUGUACUAUUGUUGAACAAAUUCUAAGAGAAAUUGUAAGUGCAUUUCAGCAGUUGAAAGGGGUGCAAAGUUCUAAACUAGUGAAAGGGGUACCAUUUGUCAAUAGAAAGUACAAGAAAGGGUGGAACUUUUAAGGGGAUUGGACCUCAGAGCGGAGUCUCCCCCGAUAAAACUUCGUUGAGUACCCCCCCAGGAGGGAGGGGGGGCGGCGGCGGCGAAGCUACAGCAACAACGUUUCAAGAAGCAAAUAUUGAUAAAAUUUCUUUCAUUAGUCAAGUGGGUGUUGUCAUCCGUUGGUCAUGUGAUUUACCAUGACGUGACAUAUAGCGUGACAGAUUGGGGAAAAGAUCACGUGGCCAUUAUCAUAACAAGCUUGUUAGUUAAAUCGUCGUAUAACGUCGUUAUCUGGCUAUUACAUAGUUUAUGACAUUUAAGACCUACUUUUGAGCCUUUUAAGUUUGGGUCUUCUUUUUUCUGGAGUAGGAUUACUUUUAGUGUUUGCAUUUCUCGAAAGUUUCUAAUCAUGCAUUGACCAUAAACUUUUUAAAGAUACUGACGAAUGUGUUCAAAAUACACAUAAGUGCGAUGCUAAUGCUUACUGCAAUAAUACCAAGGGAGGAUACAACUGCACUUGUCAUCCGGGAUAUUAUGGAGAUGGAAAGAAUUGUGAACCAGGUGAGUUAGCAGGCUUUGCAUAUAACUAUGUAAGCAAACAAUAACGUUAAAUGGUUCCAAUCACUGCAAAAGGACAAAGUAGUGGCCAGUAUAUUUUAAAAGCGUAUUUCUAUAUAAAGAAUAUGGACUUGUCAUCUACGUGUGUCCAAGAGUGAAGACGACAUGUCUUAGACUAUUUCUCAAAACAAAAAUGGUUAGGAAGGCCUGAUACUCAGGCUAAAAAAUGGUUGGAAAGUAUUAUAUGCUGUACGUCUUAAAGUAUAAAUCCGUAAAUGGUGCUGAAAGAAAAAUUCAAGAGAAAUUCAUUCCCGUAGCUGUGAAAAAUAUAGGCUCGAUUUGGAUUACAAAUAAUAAUGCAUUAUUUUCUUGAACUAUCAUUCAUCGGAAUUUGGUAUUUUAUGUUUUCUUCAAAAUUUAUAUCCGGCCUAACAGACAACUCUAUUAAUUACUUCCUUUUUCAUUUUGCUGCACAGUUUCAUCGUGUAAAGACCUUUUCGACAGAAAAAUGUAAGUAAAAGCGACAUUUUUUUUUUACUCGGGCCUCCAAAUCAGGUUAAUAUAUGCUGGAUUGUAUUUUCUCCUGUGACAAAUGGCCUCUCGUUGUUUACUGCGCGUACAGAAGAUGCAACGUAGAAUAGGUUAGCUGACUUCAGCAGAGCAAAUACCCGUUUGCUUGCACCCUCUUGGAAUGCACUUUUGAUCAAGUAAAGCCAGCUUGCGUCACUCUUCAGUGAAACCACUUAGGAUCGCAAGCAUCGAUACAUGCGAUUCUUAAUACGCGAACCAUGACCAAUGCACACGCUUUUCAUAGCAGACACACAGCUAAGUAAACGAUACACACCGGGUCGGUCCACGAACACAGUAAAGACCAAUCUGUGAGCUCCAAAUUUGAUGAGUAAUCGCUUCCAUGGCUUUUAGGGGAAUUUCGUUUUAUUAAGAAACCGUCCAUAGAUUAAGUUAGCUGUGUAAACUGUAUGCAGUUUAAAGCACUUAGAGAAUGUCCCUUAAGUGUCCCGUGAACUGAUACUGCUUACAUUCUCCUUAUAAUUUUACCUUUCAUAUUGAUUUUUCGUUGACCGACAAGUGGAAGACCUCGUGCUAGUCCAAAUUAUAUCAUAGUAUAGCAUUUCGGUUUAUUUGACAAACGGAUAAAUCAGGCUUGGGGCUGGCCAACGAUUUGCAUGUGGUGCGGGGGUUGUGCACGGGGUGGGGGGAAUUGAAUAGUAUUUUGGGUUGAUAUGUGCUGCCGAGGCCUUUAAACCGGCUUAAGGCCUAACUCCUCUUGUUCAUCUGACCUCCCUGUUUGAGACAGGAGACCUUAUUUUAUCACCCUGAUUCGAUUCAAUUUGCAUACUGAAGAAUAAAGUAAUUUUUCAAAGUAACAUCAUGGACUUUUAAUAUAUAUUUGCAAAAAAUAAAAUGUUGAUACCACAAAUGUAGAUCGCUCAUCGCUAACUUUCCCACUCUUUUAAACAAUUCUGUUGAAGAAAGACACCCUGUUCAAGACGCUAAAUAGUGAAAUCGUAAACCUUGUUUAAUUUUUAAGACCCAAGACCCCAAAAAACCAUACCCUUUUCAGCGUCACAAAAAUGCUUCCCCGGGGAUUUGUGCUACAAGAUUAUCGGAGUCGGGAGCAAAAGUGGAAGAAUAAAACAAACACAAUGCCAGUUUCCACACUUUGUGAGUGGCUUAUAAGUUCUUCUUCUUUUGCUCGAGUCUGCGGCAUUCUUAUUGUCAUAUUAGUUUUUAUAAGCGCGACGGCGUCAUUAGCGGAUUUAGAACGCUGUUUUCAAUGAAUUAUAUAGAUUUUUUCAUCCAAACGCUUCCCUUGUUAACUGGCAUUUGUGAUGGUGGUGGUGCCACAAGCGAGCCUUUAGAUACCUUAAGAACGCACACGGCUUUUCACACAACACUCAAGCUAAGACGAUUGUGACAAGCCACACUCCAAAAUCGUCUUCAGAAAGCCUGAGGAAGCAUAGACGCACCAACCGAUCGUUACUGGCGAUUGAACUGUAGAUUCUCUUCUUAAGUGUUCCCUUAUUACGGUAUUUUAUUCCUUGCAGGUCAACUGAGAGCAAAGCUUACCCACUGAUUUUGGGAGAUGCUGUUUUUGACAUUUUUUGCAACAUGGCCGUGGCUUCACCGGCGAAAAAUGUCUGCGCAUGCUCUACUAAAAAUGACACGUGAUCUAUUUCGGGCAAUGUCAUUGGCUCUGAGGCAAAAAUGCCGGUUGAGAUGAAAAAAGUAAUGGCUGUUUUUUGACAGUGAUAGCGUUGUGGUUUUCUUGCCAUAGUAAGAGAUCAAAAAACAUUUUGGUGAAAGUUUUGAGUGGAAUUUUUUCUCUAGAAAAUGUAGCGCCUUGGAAACGGCGGACAAACCCAGUGGUGCAUGGUUAUUUGUCGGAGAUAUUGGCUUUGCAAUCGCCGGCGUGGGUGCGAAAGGCAUGCCAAAAAGGUGGGUAAUUUUGACUUUCUAUGCUUACUGUUAGUUUCGUGCACAUCGGUACAACAGGAAAUUGUAAAGAAGUGAAAGAAAAAUUAUUGGGCUUUGUUAUGUAUAUAAAUUAGCUUGUACCGUUGUGCACGGAAGCGACAGUUGUGUUAAACGUGUGGACCGUUUUUGUACCAAAUAUCGACUUGCAUCUUUGAAGUUCAGGGACCCUCUGGAGGUCUAGUUCAGUGUAUCCUCAAACAUUCGAAUUUUUAUUUAUUAAGCUUCGCUGGCAUUUUAUGCUCAGGUUAAAGUUUCUCGUCCCACAGUCCAACACAAGAGAAAAUUGAAAGGUACAGCUGGUGGAGGGCCGUUUGAGCAACAGAAUAAUAAUUAUUGUAAUUAUAAAUAGGAAGACCGCUAAAUGUAAAUCAGCACGUUUUCUCUUCAGAAUGUGUGUCAAAUGGGACACGAUUUUGAUCGAUCGAAAGUGAAAAAAUAGUAUUUUCCCUAGAGACCGUACAUGCAUUAUGCUUGCACAAAGUUUGUUUUUUUAACUGAGAACAAAAAUGGCCCUAUCAUGUUUGGCACCUUAUAUUACAAUUUAAACUAUUUCCUGAAUGUUUGCUGGAAGUUAUUCUGUACUUGUACUUAGACAUCUUGUUUAAUCAGCCAUGGCAUUAAUGUUUUCAGGUGGAUUGUUCCAUAAUAAUUUGCCCCUCUGUAUUUCACUGAGAAUUCUUUGGCUGUUAAUCUAUGUAUACAUGUAUGUUGUGCACAGUUAAUUUUGUAUCUCAGCAUAUCUAUUAUUUUUUCUUUUAUUUUUAGCAUACAUUGCCAUACAGAAAAAAGAACAGAAAAUUAUAAAUUAACUGCAAUAAAAAAUUGACUACAACAUUAGAAUAAAAUUUUAUAUCAGAUGCUGAUCAGGUAUAUUUGUGAUAAUUAUGUAAAGUCUUAUUUUUUUGUGAAAUAAUCUUGAAAAAUAGCAGGUAAUGUUCCAAAGAAGUAUAAAAGUGUAAUGAGAUCUACAUGUAAUGAUUAAAUAAAAAUGUUUUGGCUUUUCAUAAACUGAGAAUUGUCUAAAAUAGAAAGGCAGAGCUGUCAUUAAGGGCCGUAACCCAUAACACCUGUUACAGCUGAGCUCACUUGAUGUUAAAUUUAAAUUUUUGGGACCUGUGUUGGGUGAAUCUUCAUUUGCUAUGGCUGUUUCAAAACUUAAUGACAGCCCUGAAAAGGGAUGGUUAUAUCUCUGUAGAGCAAUCCUUGGAGUUAUUAUUUUUUUUACACCAACAUACUUGCCCUCUUUGGGUCACAGAAGAUUACUAGCAUUGGGGGUUUACCUGUACUGUUUAUUUAUUAAUAUUGUGAUUGAGUACUUUUAAGUUUUAUAAUAUAUAUACGGAUAAUCAGUUCUUGUUUUGCCAAAAAAUGCUUUCCAAAAUAUGGGUUUUCUUAUUUAAGAUGUCAGCUAGAGCCAAAAAUUGGCACAUGAUGCUUGUUAGUUUCAGGCGAUGAGAAAUUUCGUACAUCAAGUACAAACUUGUCCAGUUUUCAAUUCCAAACCUUUGUCAAAUUCAUGCUUGCAUGAUUUAUGCAUGCACAGCAAAACAUUUUGACAUCGUUUCAUUUUCUUCAACAGAAGACCUAUUUACAUAACUUAAAAAAGGGUAAGAAAAUACAUGUAACUUAAAAAAAAUAUACAUUUCCUUUCGUUAAGUUCCAUCAUGGGGUCACAUAGUAUUACAUCUUUCUGAUUGUUGACUGUUGGAUUUCCUUUUGUACAUGUAUCAAAUUCAUCUAUGAGCUGGCUCACAGGAGGCAUUGACUAUGAUUGAUAAGAGUGCAGACCCUUCAAAGUAUUAUUGUACACUGUAGCAUCCCAUCAACACUGUAGCCAGUUUCAAAUAAUAAGUUGUUUCAUAUACCAUCUGGAAUAUUAAGAUAAAAAGAACUGCUGGCAAAUGAAAUUAAGCACCACUUUAUGGACGGCUCAUUAUUACAGACAGUUUCCUUGGUCCACAGAGAACCCAAACGCUGUAUUAAUAAUAAUUUAGAUGUACAUGUAUGAUCAAACUCAACCUUUUGAAAUGUAUUAGCUUAUAAGAUAGUUAUCUUGAGGUGUAACCGUCGCAUCCGACUCGCUUGACAGGCAAGCAUUUGAUACUGGCAAUGUUAACCAUCUCUGAUUCAAAUCCCUUGUAAAACGAAUCAUAAAGAAACAGGAACACAACACAGGUUAUUACAUCUUAUGUUAUUAGCUACUACAGCAUAAAUGCAUCUUAGAAUUAUUUCAUUGGCUAAUACAGCAUUCGAGUUCACUGUGUCCAGUCUUUGGGCCAUAGCAAAAGGGGACUGCUCUACAAUGUAAACUGUAGCUGUAAUCAAAAUACCAAGCUUUUCAGCAUAAAACAACCAAAUCUAGAUCUAAUGUAAAAUCAGGUGAAAAAGUCGGCAAAAGGCGAUUUGUAGGUUUUUUGAUCAAGGGAUAGGUAGCAUAAAUGAUGGUUAUGGACCGCUUGCGUGUGUAUAUCCAACAGUGUUUAUUUACUGUGCAAUAUCAGGGCUGUCAAAAAGUUUUUAAGUAGCAGGCUCAUAAUAAAAUAAUAGUAGGCGGCUUUGGAACUCGCACCAAAGGCAUUUGUUAGAGUCUCAGUAAUGUCCCAGACCUUCCACGACAUUGCACCGUUCUAAUGUUUCACAGAUCUAAUUACUGUUUAAAUAUGCAUUCAAUGUGAUUCAAACCUGGGAAACAGAUGCUUUGCAAUUUUAUUCGAUGGUACUUAUUUUUUGUUAGAUCCUGUGGUAGGAGGAGAUGAAAGUAGCCAGUGAAGGAUGGCUAACUAGCCAGCGGUUUUGGCUGGCUACCUGCCUUUGUUGACAGCCCUGCACUAUUCCCCAGAAACAGCAACUCUAAGAAUACUUUGCAAAAUGCUUUGUUGAAAUAUAGUUUUAAUACUGACUGUUUUUUUUGUAGUGUACAUAUUUAGCUAAUACAUCAGUACACUAAGAAUGAUCAAAACGCUCAUAGUUAAAAUUACUGUACUGUAAUGCUUUACCUUCAUAGUUUCAUUGUUAUUAUUGUUUGUUUCUAUUCCUACAAACUUUAGUCAGGUCUCCAUUUUGCAUGAAUUUAAUGUGAUAUAUAUUUGAAGGGGUUUUUGUUUCACCAUGAAGUAGUUUUCACUUUGUUUUUUUGAUAUGAAGUUCAGUUCCUUCUUAGUUAGUGUUGAAGUGUCUGACAUGUUAACAUACUGUACUUUUCAUUUCUCUUUAGAAAAGAUUGAUUGAUCCUGAAUCAAACAAAGUGCAGCCUCACAAACAAGAUUUUUUUGACGAACAAAUGUGUACUCAAGGAAAGCUUAUGUCCCUGACAUUGUCAAUAAAAUUUAUUAAUGGAAAGAUCUGGGUUUUUUCUCCUUUGUAGCACUUUAGACUAUAUGCAUCACUUUUUUAGCCUUUAUGUACUAAAAAAAUAAAAUAUAAUCAGUAUUUUUUCUAACUAACACUUAAAUCAACGUUCUCUUCUUUCAAAUAUAGUAUUCCCCUAAUUUUAAAAAAUUCAUUAUCUUAUUCAGAUCAAGCACAGUAACCAUUGAAAGGAAAAAAGAAAAAAAACCUUGCUCGGUCAGAGACGGCUUUAAAGUUUUGAUAUGAAAAUUGCACCCGUUCACAAUGAAAAGAACAAGGCAGACACUACAGUUCAUUUAGCUUAUGUUCAAGCUUUUUUUUUUAUAAAUUAGAAAGUCUUGCUGGAGAAAACAUAAGUUUGCUUUAUCUUUUCGGUAAAAAAAAAAAAAUAAAACAACUUCCAGGUGUCUAAGCAAUUUCAAAGGACCCAUAGUGUCUUAUUUCUCCGCUGCAUUGAGCUGUGGACAAAGGGAGUUCUUUCUAGUGAUCCGGCUUUUAUCAGAAAUAUUGUUGUCCUUCGUGAUCGUGAAGAGUGAUCGCUUAAACAAGUCCAAAGUUGAAUCCUGUAAACCGGUCAAAACGCGAGCAUCGCAGGGAACGGAUCCCAUAGGAAUAGGUGAAAAAGGAUAAUAAAAAGUCUAGGCUAUUCUAAAAAUAUCCGCAUAUGCAUUUGCAACCCAUAUUAAGCUGCAAUUAAUCUUCUUACAAACGAUGGAGGUAUUGCCGCCAUUUUGAAUUUGGCAAAGUCACGUGGUCACGCGUCGACCAAUCAGACAUUUUUCGCCGGUGAAUGGCCGUGGCCCCUUCUGAAAAUAACGCAUGCGAAGUUGGUGGAUGGACGCCGGUUAUGAAGAUUGAUGGAACAAAAGUAUGAGUGACGAACUUCCAAGAUUGCCCGUUCUAUUUUUUAAAUCAACAUGUGCUCAUUAACUUAAUGAUGGAAAUUAGAAAAAGGCCAUAAUUCUAUAAGAAGCACUUAAUAACACUGGGAUAGGAACACGUCAUUGGACUUCUGCAUUAGAAUCUGAAGGAUUUAAACUAAGUAUUUUAAAAAUUUAGACUACCUUCGCAGACGAUCGACGGCACUACAUUAAAAAUGAUACUUCGGUGCAAUUUGAAAACAACGUGUUAAUGAAUUGGCUGAAAAGAUGAAGCUAAAAAGCGAUCAUUAUGUGCAUCAAUCUUUGAGGAAGAUUUACUUUCAUCUAUUCUUAGGCGCUAUAGCAUAGAUUGGAGGAGGAAAAAUUACAAAAGAAUAUUUUAUUUAUGAGUCAUUCACACCUUAGCAAGAUGGGUCUCAUUAUGAAGCCCUCUCAGUAUAUGUUUUAGUUUUUAUUUGGAGUCUGUUCAUGACGCCAUGCUGGGGCUCCUGCGGAAGCUUAUUUCAUUUAAUUCUGAAAAAAAAAGGCUACGUACGAAAUUUUAUAGGAAUCUCACCAGCUCGUCUUGAAAAGACAAAUAAAAGCCUUCAACCUUGUCUUUUUAAAUAAAUUUUUCCUGUUCUUCUUCUUUUUUCUAUCACAGCAAACGUUUCACUACAAUGCAGACUGAUAUGGAGCAACAAAGAGGCUUUUAAUCUUGCUGGAGGAAAGACUGGGUUUGAUUCGCAAGAGACCAAGCUUCCCUCCUACUGGAACACAUCUUUCUCCAAGAUCUACCUCGGUAUGAAGAUCGGCCGGCAGCCGGUCAAGUUUAUUGUCAUCAACGAGAAGCGAACUCCUUGUACUCUCUGA